AUGCCAUUACAUCGAAUAUUUCAUCCGCCAGGUGCUUUUUCAGUCGCCGAGAAGACAUCACUUUCUGAACGUAUAACGAAACUUUAUACCAAUCGUGGCUUACCGGCAUUUUAUGUCGUUAUUCUGUUUACUCCCAUUGAAAAGGAUUCCUUUUUCGUCGGUGGCCAAUCAACAGACAAAUUCAUUCGAAUCGUUGUUCAACAUCUCGCACGACAGCUUCCAAAUGAUCAGCGGAAGGCCGAAUUUUCAGAGAAAUAUGAAGAGGCUAUAGCGCCGUUCAUCAAAGACAAAGGUUAUGAUUGGGAAGUACACGUGGAAGAAGUCCCACCGGAAAUGUGGCGGGAGAACGGACUCAUCCCGCCAAUAAAAUUUCCAGAAAUCGAAAAGGAAUGGGCUCGAUUGAACAAGCCAAUACCUUAUUAA